GGCCUGCAAAUACAAAAAACCAAAAAGAAAGAAAGAAAAUUGAUAAAAGGAAAGACAAUGUCAACCGUCUUUGAAACAUUCAUUGAUAUGUGUCACAUCAAAAGUCUAUUAUUUGUCAAAUGAACUCAUCCUCAUUCCCUUGUUGCCAGUUGUUGUUUUUUUCUUUACUCUAUUUUGUGUUUCUUCCUUUGUUUUCUUGUUUUUUGUUUCAUAAUCAACAAACCAAACCCUUUAUUAUAUAACAUAUAUCAUGUCUUUUGACUUCUUUCCCCAAUCAUUCUCCUAUCUUCUCUACACCAAAAAGUUCCUUCAUUUCUUUCAAAACUAAUCCCAAAAAGUUCCACUUAUCCUUUUUGUGUUCUGGCAUUUGCAUGCAUAGGUACCUUGUUUUAUUAGUUCCAUUCAGUUUGAGAUGUUUGUUUGGAUGGUUUUAUUCUUCCUUUGUUGAAACCAAAGAAAGCUUACAGGAGUAGUUACAAUUCAGUUCUAAUUUCUAGGGAAGGAAACACAAAUGGCCUCAUCUUUGGAGGACCUUCUUCGAGAAGAAGGAUUCAAAGGAAGCAGCAAAAGAGUGCAAAGGUCAAGAUCUUCCUUCCACCAUGGUGCUUCAAGUGAUCCACUUCACUCUUUAGAAGAGAGACUCUGUGUAUCAUCAAGUGAAAGAAUCAAAACACAGAAAACAAAGUCUAAAGCAGCCUCAAGAUAUCAGAUUAACAAUACAAGAGACAAUAAGAACACAAGAUCAAGGGAUAAUAAUAAUGUUUUUAUAGGAAACGAGAUAAAUCACGGACUGUUGAAAAACGAUGAAUCUGAGAAGAACAAGUCUUAUAAUUCAUCAGAGAGUGAUAGUGGAUUUGAAGAUGUUUAUUCAGAUCAAGUAUCUGAUGUGAAAAGAGGCAAAGACAAGUAUUUUAAGGAAAAAUUGGUUGAAAAGCCAAUCAAGGAUUCAUAUAUGCUUAGACAAUUGAGUGGAAAUAGAAAGAAUAUAAAAUACCAAAAAAAUUCCCAAACUAUAUCUAAUAGUAAUAGCAAAAGCUUUGAGAAUAGCAGGAACAAAAAUAGCCAUCAAUUGCAAGCUGAUUCUAGUCUGGCUAUUGAUGAAAUUGCUGUGAAAGCACUAGUUUCCAUUCUGAAUGGAUACACAGAAAGUUUCCUAAAAGACGAAGAUUUUCGAUCUGCGUUGCGCCACAAUUGUUUCUCCUCCUUGAAUUUUAUUCAACUUGAGGAGGAAGAAAACAAUUCUGAGACCAAAGUGAUUACAAGUCUUGAGCAAGCAAUUGACUGCAUAGAAAAAACUGCUUGCGAGGAAGAACCUAAAUCUGCAACAAAUCUGAAAAGAGCAACAAUGCAGCUUAGCAUUAUUGCAGGUUUGAGUUUGAAUGAUCUCAAGCACGAUCUUACGUGCGGAAUACCGAAUUUCAAGUUAUCAGCUUGUGCUCAUCUUUACCUCAGUGUGGUUUAUAUGAUACAAAUAAAAAAUAAAGUUUCGGCUAAGCAUCUUUUGCAAGUCUUUUGUGAUUCGCCUUUUCAGGCACGAACAAUAUUGUUGCCUGAACUUUGGGAACGUCUAUUUUCUCCGCAAUUUUCUCAUUUGAAGAAAUGGUAUAACAACAAGGAAGGUGAAAUUGUUGUAGAUACACCAAGCAGAAAACCAAGAAAGUUAAAGAUUCUUCAAAAAGUGUAUAAUGAAAAUUUGGAUUCAGGAACUCAAAUUUUUGCUUUAUAUUACAAAGAUUGGCUCAGUGAAGGAGUAGAAACUCCAACUAUUCCUUCUAUUGGAAUUCCAUCAUUUUCUGUUACGAGUCGACAGGGAAGUUCAUUUGCUCAUUCUUUUGAGUCUGCUAGCUCAAAUGAACCAUUCUCACCACAAGCAAUGGUCAGCAAGAAGCUAUAUGAUUCUUUCUUUGGUGGAUAUAGUAAACCUCAAGUCUAUGUUGUUGAUGAAGAUAAGGAUGAAGAUAGUUAUGAAAAUUGUGAGAGAGGCUCUUAUGGUUCAACUGUCGUUAAAAAAACAGUAAUAUAUGAAUCCGAAACUGUUAAAUUUAUUGAUCAAAGUGAUGAAGAUUUCACUCCAAGUGUUCCGGUUCAUGCAUUCCAUCCUCAGAAAGGAACAUCAAGGACAGCUGCAGAAGAAUGGAAAGAGAAGAAUUCCAGAAAUGCUACUAGAAAAUAUUUCUCCAUAGAAACUAAUUUAAACAGUCACAUAGUUGAUCCUCUACCACAUGAAAAAGCAAAUGAAAUUUCUCUCAGAAAGAUGCAGACAAAUAUGAUAAACCCUACUCUUGAAGGAUCAUAUUUUCCAAGCAUACCACAGGAAUUUAUUUGUCCACUGACAAGAAAGAUCUUCGAGGAACCAGUCACCUUAGAAUCUGGUCAAACCUUUGAAAGAAAAGCCAUCAAGGCAUGGUUUCAAAAAGGAAACAGAACAUGUCCAGUAACAGGAAAUAGUUUAGAGUGUGUUUUCAUGCCAUUUACCAACCUUAUUUUGAAGCGUUUGAUCGAUAACUGGAAGUCAGAAGAUUUUGAUCGCCUUCUUGAUUUCGCCUCUCAAACCGUGGAAAAUUCAGAGGAACUUAAGUUGAAAAAGCAUGACGAGGCUACCGUUUUCAAGUUACAAAGUCUUUUCUCUUCCUUGAAAGAAGAGGAAAAAUCAAGUUAUGCGAAGCAUAUAAUCUCUCUAGGAGUUUUUUCAUUUCUUUUUAGGAGAUUUGAACUGGGAAAUAUGGAAGAAAAAUCACUUGUUUUGGAGAUCUUGUUAAAUUGUAUUCAAGCAGACUCAAGUUGCAUAUACAAGAUAGCUAGAAGUGUCAACAGAAAAUUUCUUCUCGAGCUUCUUCAUAGCAAGGAGAUUACACCUAGAACAAACGCAUUUCUCUUCCUUACUGAACUUUUGUCAAUGAAGAGGAGAAAGGAUGUUACUUCUUUCAUAAGUGGUUUGGUGAGUGAAGAUGUAUUUAGUACAAUGGAUAUUGUGCUCAUGUAUCUCAAGAAUUCUUCUCCAAUUGAAAAGCCUCUCAUUGCUGUUCUCUUAUUACACUUUGAUCUACCGGUUGAGCAGCAUCAAAAGAUUAGCAUAUACAUAGAGAAUGCCGUGAAUGCCAUUGCAGAGGCACUGGAUGCCAGCUUAAAUGACGGGAAUGUCCAAAAGAAGUGUUGCAGAGCUCUAUUAAUCUUGUGUGGCCAUUUUUCUUCCACUGGAAAGAUACCAACCAAGACUACCAUCUUAAAGCAAGCAGGUUAUAAUAAUGGUAUCUCAGAAUUGAAAUCCCCUAGCCAUGAUGAAGAGGAUCAACGUUUCGAUAUAACCAUUUCAUCGGAAGAUGAUGAAGAAGAAGAAGAAAGGCAUGAAGAGUUCAUGAUGAACUUGUUAGAAACAUUGGUUGGUGAUGGAGAAAGUCCAUUUUUGAAGAGCAUAUCUAGAUGUUUAGAUUCUACACAUGUAGAUUUAGUGAGGGCUAGUCUAAUAACUGUUACAUGGUUGAGUUCCUCACUUUCUAAACAAUAUAAUGCUGGAUUGCAUCUUCCUGCAUUCUUAGCUAUCAUCUCUCAGCUUAAAGGAAUCCUGCAAAAUGGAGAACUUGAGCUCAAAACUCUUGCAUCUAUGUCCUUGUUUAACUUCAGUAAAAUAUCAGAACACUUUUGAAGAUUAUGGCAGAAGAUAUUGCUCCUCUUCUUCAUGGACUAGUUGAUGUAAUAUGGACUGCUAAGAAACUUCAUGCCAUUUUGUGUAGGGAGAAUCUCUAGUAUUCUAGAAAAUAUAUCUUUGCCUCCACAUUUAGGAGUUCCAAUUUUGAUGAAUAUUAUAGACUGUUGGAUAAAGUAAAUGUAUCAACAUUGUAUAUUCUUAUCUAAAAGAAAAAAUGUAUAUUGAUCUCAUCAACUUCCUUAAGUUUUAUAUCAGGAUGAAUAACUGAAAAACUUGUGUCAUUGUAAGUGUUUCUACUCUUGUUCCGAAUAUAAGCAUUCAACUUCCAUUGUCUAAAA